UAAAAAGGAAAAUAGUAUGCAUAAAAACUGACUGGAAAAUAAUAUAAAAAAGAGGUGAAACCUUUUCCAAUUUGUGAGCUUAUUCAAAUGUUUGCGUUCUUUCGAGAAAGAAUAGUAAGACGUAGAAUGCUUACGUAAUGGUGUUUCAAAAAUUUAAUAUUCUGAUAAACAUGCAAAAUCAAACAUUUCCACUCGUCCAAAAAAACGAGGCUAUCUCUCUUUCUUCCUGCCCCCAUCUCUCUGUUUUAACUAUCAUUUCAGAUACGGAAUAGAUGAACAAUUAAACGAAGCAAGAAGGAGAAAACAUGCAAUAUAAAACGUUCCCACUCUUUCAAAUAAGACAAAUGGGGCUACUGCCCCUAUCCUGACCCCAAUUUCUCUACCCGUUUUGUUUCCAUCAUCUCAGAGAAUCUAAGAUCAGUUUUAUAUACAAAUCAAACUAAUUUCCUCUCCAAAGGACUAACUCAUUUUGAUUCAUUUUCAGCGCACUCCAUCGAUUGUUUAGGUUGUUUACAAGAUGCAGCAGCAGAAAGCCAACUAUGACGUCAAUAUCCCGUGGCUCUCAAAAGCGAUGCUGGCCUGGGAUUAAGCCCCCAAGUGCAAUACCAAAAAUCAGAUUAACCUUACUUGGUAGGAUAGUACAUUCGCAUAAUUAUUUUCAUUAUGGCGUGGGAGUUUAAUAUAGUGGUAUCAGUAUUCAAUCUUCCCGUGCUCUUUCAUUGCGAGAUUAAUGUCGAUUAGACAUGCAUGUUUGUUGCCCUCAUAAGCAGAAGACCAGGCAAGAUUGUUUAGUUAUAGCGAUCAUGGUGACGCAACAAGACGAAGAAACCAAGAAUUAUCACUCUGAUAGCAAUAUACAAAGAAUAUAUUGCUUGUGCGAGCAAGGCUGUUUCUGUGAACACAGAAAUACGAAAGUAACUGUGAAAGAAAGAGAAAUUGAGGAGCCGCCGCUUAUAAUUCUAAGGAUGAGCGACAACGAAAUGCUGCAACCGAAAAAGCGGAAAUCUUCAAGGCAGCGUAAGUGCAGCGUAAUAUCGAGGACAUUGCAUCGAUCAAAAUCUCUACCAGAUCGACUUCAAGAGGAAGCUUCAUCCAACGAGGGAAUUAGCUCAGAGAUGCGUUUAAGGCCUAAAACGAUGGAUUUUAAAUUUUCCGAACUAGAAGCUGAACAGUUCUCCAGAAAACGGCAAAAGCUUUGCCGCGUGUCCAGUUUCGCUCAAGUGGAAUACGCGCGAAUCCGUGCAGCAAUCAAGACUAAUAACAGACUUGAACUAUUGAACAUACUCAAUCGAAAGCACGAUGACAUAAAUACGCUCGGGGCAGAUGGGUUUGCCGCAUUACACCACGCGGCAGUGCUAGGCACUCCGAAGGUUGUUGACAUGUUGCUAUGUUUUGGUGCGAAAACGAACGUAAAAAACACGGACGGCGAUUAUCCGUUAGACCUAGCGGUACGUGCGGGAAACUACGAUCUUGCAAAAUAUCUUAUAGAAAAAGGGGCAUGUGUUGAUAACAUCAUAAACGGAACACCGCCAACGAAACACAAGCAACGACGGAUGGGAAGAUCUCAUACAAUAUCUACUGUGGUGUGAAGUUCGGGAAAUAAUAUUUUGCUUGCAUUUGUACAUAUCCAUUAAUGCAAUUUGCUUGCAUUUGUACAUAUCCAAUAUUUUGCUUCAAUUUAUAUCAAUGCAAAGAAAUAAAGUGAAGUUUUGUAAUCCAAUUAUAGAUUUGAUGUUAAGAAAUUAAAUUUUCAAGAAAAUAAUGAUUUUAAAGGAGAAACUCAUGGUGAUGCCUUUUGAACAGCAAACAAGCAUUAAAACUGUGUGUUUGUAAAGGUUUAGAGUCGUGGCGGCACCAGCCACAUAACUUUUAGGGGGGAGGGGGGGGGGGUGAAUUUUUUUGGCAAAGCCCUUUUGCCAAUACAUUACCAAAAUAUUGUAUCUCUCCAAACAUUCGCUCAUCGACGGAAUACUUGAAAUAUAUGGGCGAAAUACAAAUUCGCUACUAUCGAGAACUUGGAGAUGUGUCCCCAAUUGUCCAUCCCGUAGCGCUGUCAUUGGAUUAGAGUGUUUUCAAUUGUAUUUUCAAAUUAUUUUCAGAUUGUAAAAUAUUUGCAGGGUGUGGUACUAGUAUAUUUUUGUGUAUGUUAAUUUGGUAAAUGAUUUUAAACUUAACUAGUCUUUGAAAUAUAAAUUGUUUUUAAACAUUUUCGUAGGUAUCAGUUCUUUUAUAUAAUCCAUUUUAUAAAAAAUAAACCAAUGAAUGAAUCAUUUUGCUAGUUUUAUUCUGAUUUUGCUAAUGACAUCUGUAUGUUAUGGGGAACCUAUAUA